UGUGCAGCUGGCUUUAUAAUUUUUUGAACUUAAAGAUAAGCUUUGUUAACAAUAUGGCUGCUGCCGGUAUCGACUUUGGUAACUUCCAAUCCGUUUUGGCUGCCGCUCGCAGUUGCGGAGUUGAAGCUUUACUGAAUGAAUUUAGUUCCCGACUGACUCCAUGUUUGGUACAUCUAUCCCACACGCGUUGUUUUGGAGAAAAUGCGAGAACACCUUCUGUUACUCGCUCUGAGAGUACCGUUUCUCAGUUUAAACGAAUAAUAGGAUUGAAGUACAAUAACGACUUUGCUAAGCACGAAUUAAGCAAAGUUUUCUACAAGCACAGCGAACUCUCCAAUGGGGGCAUCGGCAUACACUUGAGUUAUCAGGGAGAAGAAGUUAUAUUCACACCUGAGCAAGUGUGCGCCAUGUUUUUUACUAAACUCAAAGAGACUAUUGAAUCGGAAUUAAAGAAGCCAAUUGGCUCUCUUGUUGUCUCUUGCCCGGUUUGGUUUAACCAAUCACAGCGACUGGCAUUGCAAAACGCAUGGCGCAUUGCAGGACUCUCAAAUGUCCGCGUUUUUAAUGAAACGGCUGCCAAUGCGCUGGCGUAUGGCAUUUAUCGCUCCGAUCUCUCUGAGGACCAAUCGCAUCGCGUUGUCUUUAUCGAUUUUGGUCAUGCGGGUCUUCAGAUAGUUGGGGUGGAUUUUUUUAAGAGAAAGUUUAACGUUAUUGGCGCCAUUUACGAUCCCCAUCUUGGUGGGAGGGACAUUGAUGACCUCUUAUGCCAGCACUUCGCUAAUGAGUUUCAGAAAAAAACGGGCCACGAUAUUCUGUCGAGCCCACGUGCUACUUUGAAGUUGAAAGCGGAGUGCGAGAAGCUGAAGAAAACGCUAUCAAUUAACUCACAAACGGUACCAAUAUCGGUGGACGAAUUAUAUCGAGAGACCGAUUUUAAUAGUUCGCUUAACCGCGCCGAUUUUGAGCGCAUGUGCGAGCCUUUCUUUGAUCGCGUGUCUAAAUGUUUAUUGAAGACAUUGAAUUUCACUAAAAUUGAAGAAAUUCACGCGGUCGAGAUUGUGGGCGGCUCCUCUCGAAUUCCUGCCUUUAAAAAUGCCGUUGCUAAAAUUUUUCAACAAGUUCCUCGCAGCACGUUAAACGCUGAUGAGUCUGUUGCUAAGGGAUGCGCGUGGCAGGCAACUUUUUAUUCUCCUUUAUACCGAGCACGUGAUUUCAAGCCGCAUGACAUUUUGUUAUUCGCUAUUGAGCUUUUUUGGAAGUCGAAAGACAAAGAAGGCAAUCCUAUUGACUCGCGUGCUAUUGUGGUUGAGGCCAAUCAGACUGUCCCUAUCACCAAAAUUUUGACUUUUAAGAAAUCCGAAGAUUUUGAGAUUAAGGCGUGCUAUGCGGACCCCUCAAAAGUUAUUUCCUCUGAAAACCAAAUCAACACGUGGCUUAUUUCGAACGUGAAACCGAAUGCAAACGGCGAGGAUUCGACUGUGAAAGUAAAGAUGCACGUGGGCUUAGAUGGUGUCUUUGAGAUUACUGAGGCAUACAGCGUUGAAGAGGUUGAAGUGUCUGAACCACCUCAGCCUGAAGCAUCUGUUGAAAACGAGCCAAAUUCCGCAACGUCAACACCCAAACUACCCAAAAAAGUCGUUCGUAACAGUCUUUGUAUCUCUCCGUUACACGUGCUGCUUCCCGACGAAAAAUUGGCAGAAUAUAUUAAUCUUGAGGCCAAAAUGCGUGCCUUCGACACCAGUGAAAAGGAGCGCGUAUUUGUUAAGAAUUCAGUUGAGGAGCUUUGUUACGAUCUUCGCGGGAAAAUAGAGGGCGCUUAUCGCUCUUUUGUGGACCCCAACAGUCUUGAAGGUAUUGUUAACAAAUUAAGUGAAACUGUUGAUUGGCUAUACGAUACGGGCGCUGAUUGCGAGAAAAAAAUUUAUGACGAAAAGCUUAAUGAAAUUAAGGCGAUUGUCGACCCAAUCACGAGGCGUUAUAUUGAGGCCGAGCAGCGAUUGGAGCUGGAAGCCAACAUGAGAGCUCUUAUGCUCGAGGCUAAAGAUUUGAUUCGUUUGUAUUCGGAAGGCAACGAGAAAUACGAUCAUUUAACGGAAGAGGAGGUUCAAAAGCUUUCUUCAUGUGUUAACGAACAUGAAAACUGGUUAGAAGAAAAUGUUUCUAAGCAAGCUUCUCUUCCCUUACAUGUGGCCCCCGUUUUUUCUCCGGACUCGAUUGCUUCUCAUUUAAAUUCUUUGCGGCUCGUUGUUGAUCCGCUUAUGAAUAAACCAAAGCCCCAAAAGCCAGUGCCCGAAUCUCAAAAUGAACCAGAAGGUUUGGGAUCGAAUUCAACUGACUGGAGCAAAAUGGAUACUGAUAAAGAAAAUAAGCAAUCUUCUAAUCAGGAUCCGGAAAAUAUGGAUGUCGAUUCCAAAUAAUUCAAUAAA